UUUGCAGAAAGCCGGUGGGACGCAGAUGAUCCCAGCGCACCUCAAGGGGUGGAGGAAAAAGCUGCUCACAGGUGUUUUAGAGCCAGACCGAGCCCCUGCUCCCCUCGGAACCGGGCUGAGGGAGAGUUCCAACUCUGCUCCAGGAUCUGGGAGAGGAUUGAGCUGUGGGAAAGGGAUAGGGAUGGAUCUUCUGGCCUCGGGGCAUGGAACAGACUUGGGAUGUCCCCUGUAAAGUUUAUUCUGUGGGACCCCCCCGCCCUGCCCGGCAGAGCCCCCGGGAGCCUCCCAUCGAUGCCAGCGCGGUGCCGAAGCCGUCGGCGGCUCCUUCCCCACCCCGGGGAGCGGGGACAGGAGCGGGAGCUGCCGCUGCUGCCACUCCCGAGCAGAGUCUGGGAGGGGAAUCGGCGCGGACGGAGAGGAGCCAUCGGCAGGGAAAACAGGCUGCAAAAUACCCGCGGCACCGGGAAUCCAUCCCAGGGCUGCAAAGCCGCUGUACGGCCUCAGCCGUCACUCUCGGCACAGCGCGGAAUCGCUCGGGGAGAUUUUAAAUCAGGGGAACCCGGGGCUCUUUUCCCUUGGCAGAUGCUGCUGUGCCGUCCCGCGGAGCUGCCGGGCACCACCUGGGUGCUCCUCGCAGGGCUGUUGAUGCCGUUCCCUCGGGCUCUGGAAGCAGAGGGACCUGUCCAUAGAGCCGCUGCUGUGGGAUCCUCGGUGCUGCUCCCUGGGCUGGAUAAUGUCACCCCCAGCAAUUCGGUGCUCUGGGAAUUCCUCAAUGGCACUGGCCCCCACACCAUCCUGCAACACGAUGGGGGGGCCCAGGCCCCCGCCGUCCAUGCUCCCUAUGCAGGACGAGCCGUUUUCCAUCCAUCCAACGGAUCUCUCCUGCUGGGGGAUGUCCAGGAAAGCGACAGCGGCACCUACAGAGUGACUGUCAGCACAGGAGACAGAAAAAGCCUGGAAAUCCAGCUGGAAGUCCUCCAGCCUGUGUCCUGCCCUCAGCUACGGACCAGCCCUCUCCUGGCUCGGGCCACUGGCCAGCUUGUCUGUGAGGUGGCAGAGGGCAGAGUGGACACCAUCACCUGGAAGAAGGAUGGGCAGCCCCUUCCCCCAGACAGAGUUUCCCGGCUGUCCAGCAGCCGCAGCGUUCUGUACCUGAGGCCAGCCAAGAAGUCGGACUGCGGCUCCUAUUCCUGCAAUGCCAGCAAUGGCAUCAGCUGGCAAGAAACCUCCCUGAAGGUCACCAUUGAAGGUCUCUCCCGUCGCUUGAAGCACGCCCUGAGGAUCUCGAUGGUCGCUGUGGUCUUCGCUGCUCUCUCGGCGUGGGGAUUAAUUAUUCCCGUCUGCCAGUCCCAAAAGCUCAGGAUAAGGGGGGAGCUCUGGAGAUGGCUCAGCUCCUACACCUGCGGGCUGGUGUGCAUCGCCUGCAUCCUGGACGGCACCACCGGCAUCCUCUGGAUGUGGGAGGAAGGCCCUUCUGUGGCUGUCUUACUGCUCGAGAUCACCCUCAGCUAUCUCAUCGUGGUGACCUUCCUGGUUGCCACCACCGUGAUUUUCCAGCCUUCAGAUUUCAGCCAUCUGAAGAGCAAAAAAGCACAGCGCACCAUGGGCUACGCCGCGCCGGGGGCCGUGGUGACCGUGGUGCUGAGCAGCACCUUCCUCAUCAAGGACCUCUACCACCGCCACGAAGAAGGAUGCGCGGAGUUCAUGGACGUGGCCGUCUUGGUGGUCAGCACGGCGGCCGUGUCGGCCCUCCCGCUCCUCGCCAUUGGCCUCUGCUAUCACACGACUCAGGGCUGGCGCAAGGACCGCGAUGUCUCUUGGACAGACAAAGUCAGGUCCUUUGAAAUGUCUCAGCCGGGGAACAAGGACACCAUUCCCAGCUGAGAUCCAUGGGGGUGUGUCUCACUUGCCUAAGCCAGUCCAAGCCUUCCUCCAGGUUUAGUGGGUUCAGGGAUCUCACAUUUGGUUCCUCUAUGAUCCUCAUAACAAAUGUACGUGAAAUUAA